UCGGGCCCUCCACCGGCCCUGACCUGUGGCGGUUGGCUGGAGUAACGCAUGCCUCUUGCACUUUCUAGGGCCGACCUCAUCACAAUGACCAGCGUGGUUAAAACAGUGUACAGCCUGCAAACCCCUUCUGUGCCGAGCGGCGGCCUGCCCGCAGACACACAAACUCGAGCCAAUUCUAAGAGUCUAUUACCUGUUAGGACCAAAGAAGUCGAUGUUCCCAGGCAUUUUCAUUCAGGAGGCUCUGAGAAUGAUGUUACAAAAACAGCCAAGCCAAGACAAGAGAAUGGGCAGGCGAAAGCUGCAGACACAGCCAACAGGAGAAAUGUGAAGAAGAGCUACAAACCAUUGAGGAAGCAAAAGUCAGAGGAAGAACUCAAGGAUAAGAACCAGCUCUUAGAGGCUGUCAACAAACAGUUGCACCAGAAGUUGACUGAAACUCAGGGAGAGCUGAAGGACCUGACCCAGAAAGUGGAGCUGCUGGAGAAGUUUCAGAACAACUGUUUGGCACUUUUGGAGAGUAAGGGCCUCAACCCAGUUUUAGGCAGUGAAUCUCUGACAUCACAGCAAGAAUCCACUACGGAUCACACAGGCUCUAUGUUGCUGUUAGAAACUUUGCAAGAUGAGCUGAAGCUUUUUAAUGAAACAGCCAAAAAGCAGAUGGAGGAGUUACAGGCUUUGAAGGUAAAGUUGAAGAUGAAAGAAGAAGAGCGAGUCCGAUUUCUAGAACAGCAAAGCUUAUGUAAUGGUCAAGUAAACGAUUUUACAGCAGCCCUCACGGAAAUGGAGCAGCUAUUAGAAAUGUAAAAGGCAAGUGGCCAGAUGGCUCCCAUUUGGAGAGGAAGCCACUCAGGGCACCUUCUUGGUCAUGCUCUUCUAGGACUCACCGUCCCCAGAAUGAAAAGUUUCUGCAGUAGGGUUAAGGACAAUUUAUGCUGGAGUAGUGGUUCCUCCUUUAAAGGAAGUUCUCCCAACCUUCCGAUUGCUCAGCUCUCCUGAGCCUCACAUACUUGAGACUCACAAGAUGGGGAGCUGGGGCAGCUUGGAUCGUCUUCCUAAGCAACGAAGCAGCCCACCAGUAGAAUCAGGAGAUUGAACCAGCCGCAGCCAGAGGAUCUAAAAGACCACACUGAGAUUUGCAGAAAGAAGACCUUCAUUAUAGUGGAGCGUAGGUGCUUUGUGGGAGACAGGAUGGAGGAGCUACGCUGUGCCCUCCUAGCCUGGAACGUGUUCUGUCCCAUCCUGGCUGGGCUUCUGUACCUCACUGUAACUUUGUGACCUUGGAAGUUACUAAAAGUGUUGUUGGCUUAAUAAAUGGGGUGAAGUUACAGAUGGUAAUGACACCUACCUGAAACAUUA